AUGUCUCAAUCGAGUACUGCUAACAAUCAACUAGUACUUGGUUACUGGGCAAUUCGUGGUUUGGUAGAACCAACUCGUCUACUUUUACAUUAUACCAAAACACCGUUUACAGACAAACUAUAUGAACAAGGUGAAGGUCCAGAAUACAGCAAAGCGGAAUGGCUUAGGGAAAAAGAAGAACUUGAUCUUGAUUUUCCGAAUUUACCAUAUUUAUUUGAUGGUGAUUUGAAAAUCACGCAAUCAAAAGCUAUUUUAUAUUAUCUGGGACGUAAAUUAAAUCUUAUGGGAAAAACUCUAAAUGAAGAAGCACGAGUCAUGAUGUUAUGUGAAGAAGCUCAUGAUCUUCGUAUGACAUUAACAGGAAUUUUUUAUGGUCCAAGUGGAACGUCAAAAGAAGAAAGAAAAAAAUUUGCUGAAACAAUAUUAUCCGAUCAUUUGAAAAAAUUCGAUAAUUAUUUUGGCAAACAUAAAACAAAAUUCGCUGUUGGUGAUCAACCAACGAUAGCUGAUUUUCAAUUGUUUUCAUACAUUGAUACUUCUUUGAUAUUGGAUGAAGAUCAUACUUUAAUUGAUAAAUAUUCUAAUAUCAAACAAUAUCUGAAAACAAUAAGUGAAUUACCUGAAAUAAAAGAUUAUAUUGUCAAAUCUCAUGCAAAAUAUCCUGUCAAUAACAAAGUGGCUAAAUUCGGUGGAAAAGUAAUUGAAAAAAAAUAA